AUGACCAGUUCUGGAAAGUGGCUCCUGUACGAUUGUGGCUAUUCCCAUAAACCGGUCUGCUCCAAUAUUACGGGACAGCAUGUUUCAUUCGUCUAUAUCAACAGUUUAAUGACCUGGAAGGAGGCUCAGAGUUACUGCAGAGAGCACCUUACAGACCUGGCCAUUCCCAGAAACCUGUCUGAGAACGAGAAGAUAAGGGCACUGAUCCCUGCAGGUGUAUCCGGCUGGAUUGGCCUUUACAAAGUUACCUGGAAGUGUUCUACUGACUAUUCCAAUGGUUACUGGGGAGCCUGGCCAUGUGAUUCAAGGAAACCGUUCAUCUGCCAUCAUGACCCUGUGCCUUCCACAAAGCAAGUGGUGAAAGUGAAGCUGGUGGGAAACUCAAAUCUGGAUCUGAAUGACCCUGCUGUCCUGGAAAACCUGCUGAAGGAGCUCAAACAGAAGAUGAAGGAGCAGGGCGUGGAUACAGAAAUCAAACUGAGCUGGAAGAAACAACAGGAUGGAAACGUCUUCUACAAGGAGAAAAAGGAGGAGGACCAAAAAUGACUCAAAGACAUUUUGAUGAGAAGCUGUUUCGGUUAUUUUUAGAUUCUUUGAAGUCAUAUAAACACACGAUAAAUGUAAUGUCAAGGAAACAGCAAAAUUUUUUGGUUUAGGGGUAAAAAAUAGUUUUUCUUUUAUUGCAGCUUUAGUCACGCUUUGACUUACAACAACACAUUGUGGACAAAAAAAAUCAUGUUAAAGGUUUUUCUGUUGCAUCCCAGCAAGCAGAAGUGAAAAUAUUACUCAAAGUGGAUCUAGUGUGUUUUGCUUUGUACCUCAAUUUUCAGGUGUUGUUUGAUUUCUUUCUCAAGAAUAAAGAAUCUUUAUUGUCACCAUAGGAUUGUUAGAGACACAGGUUUAGGAUGCACACAGAAAUCAUAACACACAUUGCUGGGGGAAGGUGAAGCCGUGAGGUAUGCACAGUUAUUCAAAUUAACAGCUUUUUUUAGCACCCAGCUGGCUGCCGAGUGAUUCUAAAGAACGUUUGAGGCCUGUCUUCUCUUUAAUCUACUUUGCAUAGUGUCAAUAUUCACA